UGACGGUUAGCCUGCCGAGGCAGUUUGUGUACAGACAGCAACGUUAGCUAAACUGAAGCGCCAUUUAAGUCAUUAACGCGCAUUAAUGCGGCGGAGCUCUCAGACAGAGAGGCAUCAUGAGUGCAAAGAAACCCAAGAGUGGCGUGAGCAAAGUGAAAGACAAAAAGAAUGACCCCCCUUCACCAAAGGAAAGUUCUGUAGAAACAGGUCACCCAGACUACAUCUUCCCUCUGGUCCUUACCUCCGCCACACAGGAGCUGUUUGGUUGCCGUGCCGAUGAGGAUGUGACCGGGGACGACCCCUACAGGCUGCUAAAGAAAGAGGACAUCAUUCAGGAUAUGAAGACCAGAGCGGCUGUUUCUGACUUCAGUCCUAUCAAACAGGCUGUGCUGGAUUAUCCAGAAGAUGAAAUUCUGCUGGUGUUUGACCGAGAUUUCACCUAUGGCCAGAGCUUCUACCUGGUGCUCACGGUGGAGGCUAAGGAGAACCUGCUAAAGCCGCCAGCGGAAGUGGAGGGAGAGGAGGAUGAAGGUGAGGAGUUUUCAGAGAUCAUACAGAAGACUCCUGAGCCACAGCCUUGGGUGUCUCUGGGCAGUGAGAGAGAGAUUGAGGAGGAAUCCUUUAUGGACACUAGACCCAAACUCUGCUAUAGGAUUUCUCGAGUGCGGCGAGAGUUUGGUGCUCCAGUGAGUUUCUCUACCUGCAAUGCUGUGGAGCUGAGAGACAGCUGCAUCGAGUGCAGCUCCUACCAGGACAAGAGCUUCAGCAUCAGGAGAAUGGAGAAACAGUGCGGAGUGCAGGCCAUCCCCAACACCAACAACUCAUCCACACAGACCAUAUGGAAGUACCCGAGGAACAUGUGCACCCAGUAUGAACCCAGAGAGCUGAAUGAGGAGGAGAAGGAGAACAUCCUGCAGUCAGAGAAGCUGAAGAACUUCCUCAACUCCGUCACCGCCAGGUUUGAGCUGGCCAUUCAGCAGAAUGUGAUCAUGGACGUCUUUGUGGAUGACUGGUGGGCUCUUGGGGAGGAGGACGCUAUGUUUGGAAGGAAAGCAGAAACACACCUGAAGGAGUAUCAGUCCUUCACUGACCUUCACUACAGCAAGGAGAAAACCAUCAGCUACAUCAGCUGGCACCCCACCAUCAGCGGUGUGAUUGCAGUGUCAGUGACUGAAAGGCUGUCGUUUGAGGAGAGGAUAGACAGCUCCACUAAUCUCCUACUGAACCCUGCUCUCAUUCUCUUCUGGAGCUUCUCCGACCCCAUCAACCCACAGUUGCUACUGGAAUGUCCGGACGACGUCUUCUGCUUCGAGUUCUGUCCCUCCGACCCAAAUGUUAUUGUUGGAGGCUGUAUGAACGGCCAGGUAGUAUUGUGGGAUAUUUCAGGCCAUGUGGAGAGACUUCAGGGCACUCGUGCUGGAGUGGGAAGGAAGACCAUCUCCUCAAACAUAAACACACUGUCAUUUGAAGGUAAGCAGGAGAAGGACACUCCUGUAGUGCGUUACUGUGCUGUGUCAGGCAUUGACAGUGGACACAGAGCUCCCAUCACUGACAUCCAGUGGCUGCCAGACAGCUUUGAGGUCUCCAGAACUGGGAUACCUUUGGAGAAUAAGAGUCAGAUAUCAGUUCAGAUUGUGACCUGUGCUCCUGACAGCUGUUUGAUGUUCUGGGACCUGCGUACUCCCCGGGUUGUAGCUCAAUCUCUGACAGACAGGAAGCAGAAGACUGAAGAGAAAGUUCUAGAAAAUCCACAUGGAGUUCCCAACACCUUCAAACAUCUCGACCUGACGUGGAAACCUCUCAUAAGGGUGACUCUGCCUAAAGUAGACACCAGCGGUGAAUACAGCCCUCUGAAGUUCAGUCUGAGAGAGAGCACAACUAACAGUACUGCAGAUAAGUUCCUGUCUGGAGCAGAAAGGGCAGAGGUCCCUGAGUAUUCUCAGCUCCGUGUGCCCUCCGCCAAACACCAACGGCAGCUGGAGAACAUCAGCACUAAGUUCUACGUGGGCACUGAGGAUGGAGAACUUGUGUACACAGACUGGAGGCUGGAGAAGGACAACGACUCAGGACGGCUCUUCAGUCCGAAGCCCACUCACCGUUUCAGAGUUCAUGACAGUCUGGUGAACACCGUGCUCCGCUCUCCGUUCUUCAAGGACGUCAUCUUGACUGUCGGCGGGUGGAACUUCGCCAUCUGGAAAGAGGGUGUGACGAACGGGCCGAUCCUGCUGUCCCCCUGCUCACCGAGGAAGUGCACGGUGGGCUUCUGGUCACUGACCCGGCCUGCCGUCUUCUUCAUCGGUAAAGAGGACGGGAAUCUGGAGGUCUGGGACCUGCUGGAGAAAACACACGAACCCUCGCAGACCCAGAACAUCACCACCGCGCACAUCACCUGCAUCAAACCCUGGGUCAUCUCAUCGAAGCAGCAGCUAUUGGCUGUGUCGGACCACCUGGGCACUCUGCAUAUCCUGGAGGUCCCGUGGACCCUGCGCCACCCGUCUGCCAAUGAGAAGUGCAGCGUGAGCAGCUACUUUGAGAAGGAGGUGGAGCGUCUGGAGUACUUUGAGAAAAGACAGGAGAUGCGAGCGAGAGAGAGGAGAGAGAUGGAGGCCGAGCAGCAGAGGAGGAAAAUGGAGGCGGGGGCAGUGUCGGUGAAGCAGGUGGAGGAGCUGGAGGGGGAGGCCCUGAAGGAGUACGAGGAGUACCACACUAUGGAGAAACUCAUUCUGAAGAACAUGGGGCUGCUCUCCGAAUCCGAGGACACACCAGACCACUGAGCACACACAGCUUUGCGGUAUAACACUAAUAAUUCAUACAGUUCUGCUAUGUUUUAUACAAGAACCCAAACAUGGCGUUACGAUCCUAGAGGACUUCAGUCAAAGCACAUUGCUAAUAAUGAAUGAAUGGCAAAAGAGGCCAGUUAGCAUUUACAAAGGAACUCAUGCAUUCAUUCAUUUUAUACUGUCAUGUUAGUGUUUCAGCUUUUUUAGUUCUUGCUAGAUCUUAACUUCUGUCUUCUAGAGUUUAUCCAGGACCUGAAGAGUCACAGUGGGAUUUAGAUCUAUGGACACAAACAUAGUCAGUAUUUUGUGUAUUUGUUAUGAAUGUCAGAUUUGAAAUGCACAGAUUUAAAGGUGAAGUACAGCACAGUGUUUAAGGGGUCAAAUUCCUGGAUAGGGAUUAAGACUAGCCCUGCACUACUUUUCCGCUCAAUGCACAGUCUCUAUUUAGAACACUGGUCCAGGACCGGUCUCAAGGCAGGGGUUCACAGCUCUGGUC